CGUGUAAUCGAGACUGUCCCCUACACUGCGAGCUUAUAUAGGGUGCGCGGGUUGGUCCGGCGCACUCUCCUCGCGGUCGCUGCGAGAAAAGUCGCGGAAAUAGUACUGUUUCAUUGUGAAAGGAGAUGUGACUAGGAAGUGCUUACAAGAUGCAUUUCCUGAAGACAGCACUGUGCCUCCUGGCGCUGGUAUACGGUGGCGGUGGAGUUACUAAAUCACCUGGUAUUUCAGAGUUUUGGACAGACGACUACAAAGUCUUCGAGCAGAUAUACGGCAAGACGUCUGACAAGGAUCUGUACGGGGAGCAACUCCCGCGCAGCAUCUAUUCGGGCGUCGACAAAACCAAGAGCCAGGCCUCGGAGAAGAAGGAGCGAUACAUCGACCACGACGCUACCGAGUUCGACAGCUACGCCUUCGGCCAACGGUACGCCCAGCUCUUCGCGAAACAGUUGGAACAACAAGAAAAAACCACAAAACCACCGAAAUCCUUCAACUUCAUCAGCUUCAACGACUUCAAACCAAUCAGUCAACAAAGCGAUCCAGAAACGUACACCUACUUGAAACAUUUAGAGAAAUACAACCAAGAGCAGAAGAUCAAGUUCCCUAAAGGGGUGGGCGGGUUCAAGCCUUUUUUGAGCUAUAACGACCACGACCCCGAGGAAGACCAGGCUUACAAGAGUAUACAGGACAUUUUGGAUGCUCACGAAGCGAAUAAAGGGUCUAAAAGUGUGGAGGAUGAGGACGACGUUAAUUACUUGACGUAUGGACCUGGGAAGGGCAGGAAGAAAGCUAAUCCGAGGAAGAAACCGGGAGCAGAGUUUAAUAAGCCUAGAUGCUAUUCUGGGAGGUGCAGGAAGAGAGCCACCAGCAGCGUCAGGGUUCGCUCCAGGCCGUACGUGAGGAAAGUCGUCCAUCGACUCAGUGGCUAUUAGAUACGACUUGGUAGUUUGUGGUAAGCCGCAAAUCAUCGUUCGUGAAUUAAUUUGUUACUCAGAGUUGUUAUCUAGAUGAUUGUUUAAUUUAAUAUCAUUAGCAGUAGGGAUUUUGAUGUUACAAUUUUAAUUUAUGAUCUUAUUUAUUAGCCUUUUUUAAGGUUCUGAAGUUCUUAUUUAUUUGAUAUUAUUAUUUUAUAGGAACAUGUCCAUAAAAUGCUUCCCGCCACUAAAAUGAGGAAGAGUUUCAUCCUUUGGAGCGUAAGCCGCUAAAGACUAAACUAAAUAUAAGUUAAUUUAUUAGUGUUAUGAAUACUUAGG